AGCUUCUAUCCAUCUAUUCCAUGUAUAGACCUAUUGGGUAAGGCUCGUUUUAAAUGGUCCCGGGCGAUUCCAUUUUGUCUCACGAGGGGAUUGCUGUAUUUGUUACAGAAGUUGCAUUGAAGCUGGUUUUAUUUUUAGUUCUCCCUGUAGGGCUCGUCAGUGUCAGUAUAAUUAUAUCUAGUGCCAGUGUUUAUAUGAUCCUCAUUAGCCGGUGCAAGUGAGCUCCAGAAGAAAGGUUCUUCUGGGGAAUACUGGUACGGCCUUAUGCACAGGUGCUUCAAUCAAACUCCGUUAAUAUCCAGCCUACCAAUGCGAAGUGUGUUUUGAAGGCCUCGUGUACAGCAUCAACACCAGUGGAUAAUAUGGGGCGGUUGAACUUCUUCGUCCUUUGGUCUUUACGUGACGCCCCUCGUCAGUUCAUUAGUAAGUCGAACCGCAGGUGCUUUCAAGUCCACAUCCCACUGCCCUUACCGAAGCAGCUGGUGAUCUUCGGUCUCGGGGAAUGGAAAUGCAGCGAGGCCACAGUUUUAGUGGAGGUCCUCGUCAGCGAGGAUGUGGAAGCCCAGAGAAUUGGCAUCCUCUCCUCUGAAACCAGGUGUCUUACAUGGGAAGGAGAAUGGAUCCCGGAGAUUGUUGGGGCAGCAGCCGAGAAAGGUAGAAAAGGGGUGUAUGGGAAGAUUUUGCUCACGGUUUGUGGAAAGGACAAAGACAGUUUCAUCUGCAGUACUCCACUUGUGCAAAGGAAACGUAUGUUCCCAGAGCAGCACAGCGACCUUUCCCACACUUUGACCCAAAGCACGCCGAGUGUAAAGAUCACUGACGAUUCUUCCCAAUUAGAAGACAGUGUUAGAAAUGCUGAACUAAUGUCACAGACUGACAAAUGUGAAACGACGAUUGACUCCUUUAUAGUUAAUGCAUCCAUCAUUCUGUCCAAGGAUCCUACCUCCUUGUGGAAGGUUGGUCCGAGAGGUCCAGUCAUGGAGGAUAUAAAGAAUAAUGAGUCCUCAUCCCAGCCCCCAAACGCAAAGAGAAUAAUCCUAAGGAUGAACAGCAAAGAAAAUAUUGUACCAAUCAAGAAAGACUGCAGAGUGGCCCAGAACUCCAACUACAUGGCCCCAUCGAAACGCUGGAACCACACCAUGUGUUUGAUUGACCCGGAUACAGCUGUUGUGAUUGGAGGGAAAACAUCAGAGCAUAAACACUGCAAAGACUCUCUGUGGAAACUGGAGAUAGAACACAACUUGUGGUUUCCCAUUAACUCCUCGACCUCUGGCCCCGCCCCACCCUGCGUGCACGGCCACUCGGCGACCUUUGACCCUGUCUCCAAGGCCCUGUUUGUGUACGGUGGCUUUGGAGAGGACAAAACCUACCGUGACCUGCAUAUUCUCAACACUGAGACCUGGACCUGGAAGUUGGUCACUGCAAAAGGAAAAGUCCCAACAUUGGCCUAUCACACGGCAACCUUUUACAAGAAGGAGCUGUACGUGUUUGGGGGAGUUCAUCCAAGCAGUCACUCUGGGGGAAAAGCCUGCACUGACUCUCUGUCCAUCUUCAACCCCGGGGAUGAGCUGUGGUACAAGCCCAUCGUGGAGGGGGACAAGCCACUGCCUCGGUUUGGGCAUUCAAGCAUCUUGCUUUCGGACAAGCUGGUUGUUUUCGGGGGCAGGAACACGGCUACUUACCUCAACGAUCUGCACAUCCUAAAUCUUGGAUUCAUGGAGUACACAGCUGUGCGGUGUGACAACAUGGCGCCACUGCCCCGGGGGUUCCAUGUGGCCCUGGCAGUUCCUGGCAACAGGAUGUUGGUCAGUGGAGGCUGCAGUUCCAUCGGAGACCUGCAGGACGUUCACAUCUUCAACAUGGGUGCUUCACCGGUGUUGUGACUUCAUCAAAACAGAUGCAUCUCUCUGGUUAAAAACGGAAGGUACAGGAUGUACCUGAAGAGGCUGGAUCCCAGAGGCAAUGAUGUCACAUAUCAUCCGCACCUGGGCGCGCUUCUUGGGGCAUGCGGGUAGGAGCUUGGGACCCUGCCUGGUCUCAUCGAUGUACUGGAUCACUGCUAACUGAGGAGUAGAAGCAGCAUGUGUUGUACCAAUACCUUAAGCGCUGACAUUGGAAUGGAAUGAAUGAGUAAAGUUUGAAGGUGUACACUUUUUUUGUUCCUGUCUGAAUGUACUAUGUCCAUCUUGUCAGUGUUAUCUGAACAUGUGUGGGACUGCUAUUGACCAUGCAUGUACUUUUAUUGACUAUAGGCACUUUAUUUGUACAGUGUCCAAGGGUACAUUGAAAGGCGCUUUUAAAGAAAAAUGUAUUAAUGUACAAAGUGCAUGAGAGCUCACUGAUUGGGACAAAGUGAUUCCAUCGAUUUCCACUGCAGGCACUUGUUGCAUGGGGUUGAGUGCCUUGUAUUGAUCUGUGAGCUUAAUACAAUGAAACAAAGUAUAACAGAUUAUUCUGCAUGCAUUUCAUAACCAUGAAUGUGUUGUAAAGAACAUAUUAAAUGGGCAAUGAUUAAAUUACCUGCUGACCGCCA